UAAAAGGCGCAGUGGGUGAUAAAAGCAAAGGCGCACUCAGCGCGCCGCGCAAGCGAAGGAGCGCACCUCUCCGGACCCGGAGCGCAAGGUGAAGGGGCGGAUCUAACAUGACAUCUGCUCUUUAAAUCUUCACUCAUUCUCCAAGAAUCCAUCAACAUCUUCUUUUUUAUUAUUAAAAGCUUCCACACGCGGUGGGACAGAGCGCUACCCCACCGUGCGCCUUCGCUUCUUCAGAUGGGUUGACUGAGUAAUGAUCACCGAGACCUGACGGUCGGUGCAAACUUCGACCCGGUCCAAACUUCGUGACUCACUCUCAGCCCGGUAUGAUCGUUUGCAACGUGAGCCUAAUCUGUACGCACUGUCCCGGCGGAGGAGAUGCCGGCGUUACGGCGACGGACGCGUACGGGGAGGUAUCCGGUUCUGUCCCUCCUCCGACCCUGAGCCCGAGGGGGCACCUGGUGGUGGCGGUGUGCCUCGGUUUCAUCGGCACCGUCGGGUUCCUCAGUAACUUCCUCGUGCUGGCGAUGUUCUGCCGGUACCGGACUCUGCGCACGCCCAUGAAUCUCCUGCUGGUGAGCAUCUCUGUGAGCGACCUGCUGGUCAGCGUGCUGGGCACUCCGUUCAGCUUUCUGGCCAGCACCCAGGGGCGGUGGCUGAUCGGACGCGUUGGGUGCGUUUGGUACGGGUUCGUUAACGCAUGUUUGGGCAUCGUCUCCCUGAUCUCCCUCGCCGUUCUGUCCUACGAGCGUUACUGCACCAUGAUGGCACCCACUAUGGCCAGCGGCAGAGAGUACCGCCCGGCGCUGAUCGGGAUCUGCUUCUCCUGGAUCUACUCUGUGGUCUGGACUGUACCUCCUCUGCUGGGCUGGAGCAAAUACGGACCCGAGGGUCCCGGCACCACCUGCUCGGUGGACUGGAAGACCCGGACGCCAAACAAUAUCUCCUACAUCAUCUGCCUGUUCACCUUCUGCCUGGUCCUGCCGUUCUGCGUCAUCUUAUACUCUUACGGCAUGCUGCUGCACACCAUCAGACAGGUCCGCAACGUGAGUUCAGUGGUGACCCGCCGCAGAGAGCAGCGGGUGCUGGUGAUGGUGGUCACGAUGGUGGCGUGCUACCUGGUCUGCUGGCUGCCGUACGGAGUAGCAGCUCUGAUCGCGACCUUCGGCCCUCGUGACUUCCUGACCCCGGAGGCGAGCAUCACGCCGUCUCUGCUGGCCAAGUGCUCCACCGUCAUUAACCCUUUCAUCUACAUAUUUAUGAACAAACAGUUCUACAGGUGUUUCAGGGCGUUCCUGAGCUGCUCCAUCCCCGAACGAGGCUCCACCAUAAAGACAUUUUCACGGCCAACCAAAACGCUCCGCCAGGAGAAGCAGCACCACCACCACCACCACGUGUCGGAUCCAGCGCCGAACUCCGUCCACGAGCCCUCACAGAAAGGAGAGAGUCCUGGUGCGGAUGCGUCUUCGACAAAUCGACAAAUGGCUGCAAGCCCCAAACCCAAACUGAUCCUGGUGGCUCGAUACAUGGAGUGAAAACAGAGGAAGAACAACGGGAGAUGAACGUUUACAGAACAGAGAAGAUCUAAUUAAGAGUAGGACGCAAAGUCUUAAUCCGGGAACAGGUUAUCGGCAAACAGGGAUGCAAACAAAAUGCCAGCCAGUUUAUUAAAGGCAGGAGACCGGUGCCAAACACAGUCCUUCAUGUUCAGAUUACAAACUUCUGUACAGACACGAAAAUAGGUCGCGGUAUGUUUGUUACGUAACUUAAUAAUGUUCUUUUUUCUUUAUCUUUGAGGAACAUUUUGUAUAUUGUUUUUAUUUGUGGCAAUGAGGUAUUUCGUCGGCUCGAGUGUGUAGCAGGAUUAUUCUUUUUUUGACGAUAAUUCGGUUGAAGAAGAACAUUUAUGUUUCCUGACCCCAUUUCCAUGCCUGAUAUUUGAGGAUUUCAUACAGAGUAUUAAAGAUGUUAUUCAGUGUAGAAGUGGGAAUGUUUCUGUUACACCCUCGUUUGCACUUUGCUGCAUAUCGGGCCGUCGUUCAUCGAAGCUUGGACUGUAUUGGCACAUUUCACCAUGUUAUAAGGGACAUCUGAAGAGAUUUCACUGUUAUGUCUUGAUGUUUCUCUUUGUUUAGUGGAAACGUGGAUCCGUGUUGUCUCUUAAUUGUAUUUUUCUUUGCUUACGUAACAAAUUAAACCAUGUCACAAUCAGAUUUAACCGUCUCAGUCUUGUUCCACUUCACCCAAAGUGUGUGUGUCCCUUCAGAAACUGGAG